AUGACGUUAGUGACUGUCGACGUGGCCGAAAGACGGGCGCAGGAAGGACCCGAGUCACGUGAUAAGUCAUGUGACAACCCGCGUGACUCGCUCGCCGCGCUCAACACCUGUCUCCAGGACGUUGCUACAGCCACCACCGACAACAGACUCAUCCCCCGAACCUACCCCUACACGGCCUCGCUUCCGUACCCUGUCGAGUCGCGCGACGACCAGCUCAACCACCUGAGUCACGUGAUAUCCAAGCUGUACGCCGCCAUUCGGGCCGACGAUCUAUCUCCUGGCGGGGGUUCUGUCACUGCGGCUUCGAUCUGUCAUUGGACUCGGGAGCUCAAGUCCUGGGUCCGGCUCAAGUUCGAUUUGCCCCUGAGUGCACGAUUGGCGCUCAUUCGGGUCUAUUACGACCUGUCUCUCGCGACUGUGGUUUCUGCAGCUUCCAACACGGUCAUUCCUGGUGGGGACGAUGUGCCGUUUGACAAGUUUGUGUCCAUGUUUUGUCUACUGGCACGUGAGCAUGUCUUACUGCUCAAGGAGGGCCUGAAACUCGACUACAAACCGCUCUACAAGCUGCUGAAGUAUGCCUUUUUGCCUGCUCCUCCGUUUGUAGAGCCCAGUCAGCAGGACAAGAGUGCCUUGGUGAGGUUGGUGCAGUCGGCGAGGGUUUUCUUUGAGCCGGGCUGUAUUGAUGAUGUUAUGGAGGAUUUGUUGCCAAGCUUCUCCCCCCUCUCUUCCCAACAAUCGCAUCCGGUCGUCUCCCUUCUUAUGUACUUUACACCCCCUUCGUGCAACCCCCAGACAUAUCUCCCCUCUCUCUUCCACCUCUGGAAGACGCUGCGAGUGUCCAAACACUUUGACUUUCAAAUGCUCGACUACAUGUCGCGCCUGGCAUCCGACGGGCUACAGAACGAUCAAGUGAUCUGGCACGGCAGUGGAAGAUACGGCAUCUUCAACGAGGAGCAGAUGAAUUUCCUUUUCUCGGUUAUUCUGUCGUUGUCUGGAGUUACUGUUGUCAGCUGUCCUGAGCCCUAUCAUGUGAAUAAUGAGACGAGAAGAAUUGACCAUGUGGAGGUCAGAAAGGCUAAGCCAUCUAGAGCAGCUGCAAGACUCAUUAUUAGUUGUCUUGGAGGAACGACAAAGCCUGAGACAAGUGAAACAGCUUCACCAGAUGUCCUCGACACUCUUCUCACGUUGAUUACCUCGCUCGAGUCCUUUUUCCACCCCUCCAACCAAGGCAAGUGGUCCAAGGGACUCUUUGAACUCAUCAACCUCCUCGUCGAGUACUUUCUCCUCCGAUGGAACCAAGAACAGGAAGGCCAGGUGUUCUCCGUGGACCCCUCGCGGUUCCUGUCAGCCGACACGAAGCGCAAGUUCGUCAAUGUGCUCAGAAAUGUCGUCUUCUUUGGUAUCUACUCUAAGAACAGGCUCCUCUCUCGCAUGGCAAUCAACUGCCUGCAGGGCCUCGCGUUCCUGGAGCCUCACGUGAUCAUCCCUCAGUUUCUCAAGGAAGCGUACCCGUCACUUCAGGGACUGGUCGAGACCCAUCGAACUCUGACCACUCUUCAGACACUAGUGGCGCUCGUGAGGAUUAUUAGUCAGCAAUCGAGAUACCGCAUCCACGUGACCACACUGUUAUCGCUGGCGUUGCCUGGUAUUGAUGCCAACGAUGUGGACAAGACGUUUCAGGCGUUGUCGGUGAUUCAUGUGGCGGCAUUGAAUGUACCGUUUACUGAGUCUUCAGAAUCACAAGACAACUCACGUGACCAGACACUGGAGUAUGACCCCGAGUCGUACCAUCCCCCAUCCGACCCCGCGUUUUACAUUACACAUGACGUGGAAAUGCUGGAGGAGACUGGCACUCUCCCUCCUCUUCCAGCCGCUCUGUGCAACGAUAUUUGUGUUGCUACCACGACAGGCUUUCCUCUUUUAGUAGACACGUUGUUUGAACGGCUUUUCAACUUGCUGGAGAACCUGCCUGACGUGUCACGUGCUUCCAAAGAACGUGAUUUCCCCGAGGCUCAAGUCGUAUCCAUUUUGACGCCAAUGCUUAUGGCUGUUCUAGGAGGUGUUUCUAAGGACAUGUUCGAAAAGUGCUGUGCACGAAUGGCCGAUUUCAUUUCUGGUCACGUGAUCCACACGGCUACCGACGCCAUUGCCAAUAUGAGCGGCGCUAUGGUUCGUGUGAACUCUUCCGUUGCUUGCAAAUAUCUUUUCCCGGUAGUGUUCCACGGUAUCCGAAAUCAGAUUAUGAGCAACGGUGCCGGUAGUACUCGUCACGUGAGCUCAGAAAUUCUCCCACGUGACCGAGCGCUCAUUUGGCAUCUUUCUGUGCUCAAUUUGUGUGUUGCUCAUGCCAACAAGACGCUGAUGGAUUACCAAGAUGAGCUGAUGGAGCUCACGUCGUUCUUGCGCGAGAAAUGUCGGGGAAAUAUCAUUUUCCACUCGGCAAACACCGUCCACCACAUUCUCAUGUCUCUGACGAAUCUGGCAGUGGUGGACUGCAGCCCAGGCAUUGAUAACGUCAUCCAGUGGGGCCAACGAGUAGACCCCAAGCAGCUGGUCAUCAAGUGGUAUGUUCCUGGCGAGGCGGAGGUCGGAUUUGCCGUCCAGUUGUUUGAUGAGCAGGUUGGACUGAGUCUUGAGGCUCUUAACGGUGUCAUUGCCAAACUGAACGGAGGCGAUUCGAACGGCCAGAGCAACGGAGAUGGAGUAACUGAGCUGUCUGACUUCAUCACCCGCCACGUGACUUAUCUUCGAACCUCGCUGGCCGGUAUUUCCAUCCUCUUUGACCCGUGCUACGACUUGGCCUACUCCGCUGCGGAUUCGACCGACUCUGUGUCUGAUGAUGGUAUGUCAGAGUCCUCCGACGUCGAUGCUGACUCAGCGGAGCCUGGUGACAUUGAGUUUGAGCAGGAGCCCAUUUGUGACGACGCUGACAUGUUUGGCGAUUUUGUGGAACUCAAGAAGUUGCGUGAGUAUCCUUCUGGGUACCUUUUUGCCAGGCAGAACGAGAAGAGUGCGAGAUUGUUGGGUGAGUCACGUGGAACGGACGAUGAGUCGCGUGAUAUCACUGUGAAUGAUGGAGCCGGAAAUGCGUCUAACGACGCCGCUGUUGUUGAAUCGUCUUUCUUCGACUCAACUUAUGUACACUUGCACAAGCUCCGACUCUCAAUCGGUCACGUGCUUCACAAUCUGCACAACUCUCUUCUCACUCAUCGUUCGACGGACAUCUCCUCCUUCAAGGCUCUGCUCUUUGCUCUGAAGGUGUACUUGUCUGAUGUUGGCAUUGAGAAGACGUCCAAGUCGGUGAUCAUCCAGAUCGCGGCUUACUCAUAUGAGGUGCGAAAAUGCAACACUCUGGGACUGCGAAAAGACUACCCCCGAGCUGUUCUGAUUCGUCGAGCUCUGGCCCACCACCAUGAGCGUCUGCUGCACAAAUUUGGAGCUCGUCACAUGACUCCUUUUGAGAAGUCCCUCCUUAUGGAUAUUCUGAAAUCAUGUCUUUCUAUUUAUCCUGACAUUCGACGUAAUGCGCAGAGCUGUCUGGAAAGUGCGAUCAAGACGAUUAUGAAGUGCAGACCUCUGAUUCUUCCUUUCAUUCUGCGGUCUUGUGACGAGGCUAUUGGUCAACAGCAGUGGGAGAAGGCUAUUUCGGCCUGCCUUGUUUUGGAGAUGAGUGUGAUGAACACUUGUCUCAAACGAAACAUUCGCCACGUGCCGCUGUUCAUUCAGGUUAUGACAAGAGCCCUGGAAGCUGAUUCGUUGAUGCUCAACCGACAAGCCCAGAGUUUGCUCAUGACUCUUCUCAAUGACGGUUUUCGACUUCCCAGCAGCUAUUUCAAGUUUGACGAUUCGCAUAUUGCUGGAAUUGAACCUGCUGAGUCAUCUAGAGGCGAGGUUGAUGCCAAGAUUGAGAAGAUGCGUGCUGAAAAGACUACCAAACGAGCCGAAGCCGUCAAGGUCACGUGGUCAGUCGAUGAGCUUAUGAACCGUAUCCAGAUGUCUUCGGGCAACUGGAAGGUGGUACUGUUGUGCUGUUCCAUCCAGGUGUCCCUCAAUCGAAGCUUUGAGAUGAAGACGUCUCGUGAAACGUGGUCUGUUAUUGCCAGGGGUCUCACUAACCAGCAUCCGAUGGUUGCCCAGAUGUACUUCUCGUCUUUUGAGGGCCUUAUUGGAAAGGUGCUCACUUUGGCUGUGAAUGGCUAUGAUAUGAGUCAUGUGACCAGUGACCAGGUUGAGAAGGCUGGUUACACUCUGAUUGAGACCGACAAAGACUUUGGUGGCCGUCUUGUCACCAUUCUACGUCAGCGAGAAGAGACUGGAUGGAUCUUAGACGUGCCCUGCGCUUUUGGAUGGCUUUUGUGGCCCAAGAAGUUGGAAGUGAUUGAUUUGGGUGGUACGCUAACAAGUGGUCAUCGAGACUCGGCCCCUUUCACACUAUCAGAGCACGACCAAUCGGCCAUGUCUGUGUUCUCUGAGAUUAUCACUCUGGAAAUGAUCAGGAAACUCAUCCAUGACAACACCAACGAUGCUGAUGAUGAAUCUGACUUUUCUGUGGAGUCAUGUGGGUUUGUCGCAUCUCUUUUGCGUCUCUACCAGCUCAAAUUGGUCACGUGGACUAUUGAGGAUCUGUUGAACCUGGUUCUUAAGUCAUUUGAUCCUACUGACAAGCAAUCUCACCGAACGCUAACUGAGUACUUUGGAGGUUGUCUGCUGAGUCUGAAGUUCCUGUCUUCCCGUGAGACCCGUGAUUUGGUCAACAAAACCAUUCUUGAUACCUUUACCUCGGUCAUCAAGACUCACCUGACUCCUGAGAAUGUCAAGUACUGGUGGGCACUGAUUUCGUGGACUACUCAUCAGAUUGACCCCCGCCUGUGGGGACCUAUUGCUGAUUUCAUUAGCAAGUUUACCAUCGACGAGUCAUCUCAUAUGGCGUUCAAGCAGGUUGCCAAACUUGAGUUCUUCAGGCGAGUUGUUUACUACUCCGAGUGGCAUCUUGAUACAGAUGUGCAGCUUGGCCAGCUGUGGAGUCACGUGGCCCAUGAAUACUCCAACGUCAGAGCUGCUCUUGCCGUGACUCUCGGUGAGUUGUACAGAGUACAGUAUGAGGAGACAGACAGGUUUGUUGAUGUGGGUGAUUUCCUGCAGAAGAAUGAGUGUGCCAAUGAUACAGGACUCGGUCUGGGAGUCUACACUCUUCCUGAGCGACUCAAAUCGCCUCUCAUCAACUGCAUGUCUCUGAUUACGUCAUCGGAUAUCAACAAGAAGUCUAUCACCAAUACUGCCAAGACUCUGGUUGCAUUCAUCAUGCGUCGUCUGUCGUCCUCUUCAGGCCGAGAUCUUGUGCCGCUUAUUCAGCAGCUUCUCGAGUGUCUGAUGAGCAUGUGUCUUGUUAGAGAUGACCCCGAGCUGCUCAUUGAAGCGUCUGCCACGGUAGUUUCACUUGGUGAUGUUGCUCUCGAGUCGUCUCAGAUGGAUCACGUUGUGUCUGCCGUCGAGUCUAUUGUCUCCUCGGCUUCUCACCGAAAACAGAAACUCGCCCUGAUUCAGUUCUUACAAGUCUUUUUCUUCAGACACCAGUUUGUGAUGACACAGAAACACCGAUCACGUGUUCUGGCCACCGUCACCGAGCUCAUGCACGACAAGGAGGUUGAGAUUCGAUCUGCAGCCGCCAAAGCAUUGUCGGGUAUUCUGCGAUGCUUGCCCGAACAGGAAAGAGACUCCCAGGUGCACCACUUGCACGUCACCUUCCGUGAACUGCUCGUGAAGAACCCGGCCAAGCGAGUCAAGGCUGUCUCACGCGAAGACAAGACGACACGUGAUCUUCUCGCUGCCACCCGGCACACUGCUGUUCUGGGACUAGGAACUAUCAUCAAUGCGUUCCCGUAUGUGUCCCCUCCUCCUGAUUGGGCACCUGAGAUUCUGGUGACGCUGGCUACGAAGGCCGGCUCCGAUUCGGAGUUUGUUGGGCGGUCUGUCAAGGAGAUUUUGGGCGAUUUCAAGAAGACGCGACAGGAUACGUGGCAUAUUGAUUCGAAGAAGUUCACCGAGGAUCAGUUGGCCGACCUGGAGGGUGUUUUGUGGAAGCCCUACUUUGUCUAA